AGCUGGCUUUUAGUUAAUAAGUCAAACAGUGCUUCGUUUAUUUAUCUCAAACACAAGCCUUCACCAAAUACACUCAAACACAAAAGCCACAAAUUGCUUGAGUCUACAAAUUUGCAAGUUAAACUUGAACGGAAAUCAUUGAAACUGUGGUCCAGUAGUCCCUCCAACGACCACAAGAUGCGAUCUGUUUCCUACUCCGAGUUCUUCGCCCAAAAUCAGAGCAGCCGGAAAGCUCAGUUGCGGGCCCAAAAGGUGGCCAGCGAUCUGCUGACGGAUAAGAUGGUGCGGGAAAAGUUGCCCCGCCACAGAGUCCCCACAUACUCAGAGUUCCGGCAGAUAAUGAGAUCCGCCGGGAAGAGGACUAUGGCCGAUAAUAAUGUGAUCACCUUCAAGAGCAUGGUGGAGUUGCGACAGGCACAGAUAAAUCGUGGUCGGCUCAAGAAUAUCAAGUCCACCGUCGAUUCCCGGCCAACUCGAGAGAUUCCCUUCUUCAAUUGCAGCAAGCUGGAGAACGAGCUUAGCAAUAAGCAGAUUCUCUUCCGGAAUAAUCUCGAGCUCCUUGCCAAGAUGAACGAGAUCAAUCGGGUGAAGAGCACUGUGGAUUGCUUCAACCGCAAGUUUCCUGCCCUGCAGCCGAAUCGACAUAAGAUCCGUGUCCUGACCGAACGCCUCAAUCAGGAGAACCGGCAGCUUGGCUGUCGUCUCUCAAAGGUCAAGUCCAAGGUGGAGUCCCUGAAUCCCUUAGUGGCACCACUUAGGCCCCUCGAGCAAAAGGCCUCCAUAGAGACGGUGUCCGAGUUUAUACCCUAUAUGCCAUCGCCUCGCCUGGGAAAGCGGAGUGCCCAAAUCCUACUCCGUCCCAUUGUGUACUUUGAUCUGGCGGUGCUGGAGAACAAUCAGUUUCUGGGUCGCAUGCUACUCCAGCUCUACACGGAGAUAAGUCCCGAGGUGGUCUUGGAGUUCGUUCGCAUGGCCACGCACAAUGAUAUUCAGAGUCACCGCUUCGUCCGGAUCUUCUCUGAUCUUUGGAUGGAGGGAGAACUGCUGCCGGAGAACAGAGAUACCUUAAGCGAACAUCAUAGUUCGAAGCGCUCGUUCCUUGAUCCCGGCAAGCUUACAGGUCUACUCUCUUAUCCUUGGGACUAUCGUCGAAACUUCCCGCAGGGACUUCUCAGCUAUACAAUCAGCUUUAAGCCACUUUCGGUGGAUCCGCUGCCGCGAGUCAUCUUUGGCCAGGUGCGCAGUGGCCUUCGUGUCCUCCAGAGCUGUCCGCAAUUUGGUACAAAAAAUGGCAAGACCAAGAAAACAGUGAUUGUCUCCCGGUGUGGCCUACUCUAAUGGGACAACAUAUCGCCGGGUCAGGGCUCAUUAUGCAUCUGCAUUAACAUAAGUCCACAAAAAAUUGUAACAUACUUUUGCGGUCCAAUGCAGCAGAAAGUUCACUCUACCCCAGACAGAAAAAAUGCAAAUAAAAUUAUAAAGUAAGCUUGGA